ACAGCGCCCACAUACCAGCUUUCCAAAUACGUAGCAACAAUUCUGCAAAAUACCUUUUCAAGCAAGUACAACAUCAGGGACAGCUUCAGCUUCGUCGAGUACAUCAACACCAUCACAGUUCCACCAGAUCAUAUUCUGGUUUCGUUCGAUGUGGUGUCAUUAUUCACCAACAUCCCAAAGGAACUAGUCAUCCGAAGCAUAAUAUACAGGUGGUCCGACAUCAGCACAGGAACAAAGAUCAAUCUAGAUUUGUUUCUCGAAAUGGUGGAGCUAUGCAUCGAUAGCAGCUAUUUUCAGUUCAGAGGUAAAUACUACCAACAAAUGUUCGGGACAGCCAAGGGGAGCCCCUUAUCACCCAUCUUAGCGGAUUAUGUGAUGGAAGAUCUGCUCAACACGGUCACUGCCAACCUGCGAUUUGUCAUACUGGUGUUGAAAAAAUAUGUCGACGACUUGUUUCUCGUCUUGCCAAAAACUGAGGUGCAAACUACUCUAAACACAUUCAACCAAUACAAUCCCCACCUACAAUUCACCAUAGAAAUGGAGAAGGAAGGCAAACUACCCUUCUUAGACACAGUAACCAUCCGAUGCGAAGAUAACUCUCUAAAAACCAAAUGGUACGCGAAACCCAUCUCGUCCGGCCGCCUGCUCAACUAUCACUCUUUUCAUCCGAUUAACAUGAAACUAAACGUAGUUUCAAACUUCAUCCAACGUGUGACGAAACUCUCCACCGAAAACUCAGCACAACAGCAGAAACACCAAAUCUUCCAAAUCCUGAGACAGAACGAUUAUCCUUCAGCGCUAAUCAACAGGAUCAUCAAUCGCAGCUCCAUCAACAAUCCCCUUGAUACAUCCAACCGCCGAGAGUCAUCACAACCAAUCAGCCGCAACCAGCCAUCCCAACCACCACCACCGCCGCCGCCACCACCAUCGCCUCCAACAACAUCCACCGCCUCACCGCAACACAUCACCAUCAAUGCACCAUCCACCGAGAAUCCGAUAGCCAGCAGUUCACAGGAACCCAAUCAUUCAUCAGCUAACGACGUCCAAUACCGAUCGAUGCCGAACAUCCCAACGCUCACACGUACCAUCUCCACAAUCCUACAAAGAGACUACGGUCAGAUAAAAAUAGCAACACGCAACAUAAAAACAGUAAGAUCCCUCCUAAAACCGGUAAAAGAUCCAGUACUACUUCAAGAUCAACAUAACGUCAUCUACAGCAUCCCAUGCAAUAGCUGCGAGAAGACCUAUAUUGGUAUGACAACUAACCAUCUAAAAAAACGUAUUAGUGGACACAAGUCUGAUAUAAACAAACUUACUAACAUCCCAAUAGACGGUAACAUACACGCGAAAACAGCUCUCAUACAACACAUGGUCGACAACGAACACACCUUCUCAUUAGAUAGAACCAAGAUUAUCGAUCGCACUCUCAGAUCAACAGCUUUGCCCAUGUUAGAAAUGUGCCACAUACAAAACACACCUAACACGGUCAACUUCCGUACAGAUGUAGACGGGUUCAACACAGCGUACGCCGGUAUUCUGCAUACUGUCAAAACAUCGAGCUCUCGCAGAGAAAACCAACAAACCAAUACACAAAAUACCACCACACGAGCUUUCGAACAGUUAGGACAGUUACCAUAAACAGAAAGCUUUUUUACCAACUACUACGCCAUCUUCAAAAUAGCAGUUAAACAACAUCUCUGAGAACAGUGUAGUGCAAGUCGUUAGAAAUAGUUAGUGCCCCAAUUUCUACCAAUAAUUGUAUAAAUGUUUAAAAUUGUAAGUUGUACCUAUCAUGUCCCGAACAAUUAAUGUAAUCAGAUUUGAAACUUCUAGGCAUACAAGAAGCUCCAAAUGCACAAAACGGCAAAAACUAAGAACGAAAAACGGUAGACAGUGUAUGUUAUAACAAAUAUUAUGUUUUAUGCUAUAUGUUCAGUGUUCAAUGUUGUAUACCAAUGUAAUUUCUAUUUUAGUCCACCCUUGAAAAAGGCCAAAUACAAAGUGCC